AUGGCUUCCGUCAAGAAGGAGAAGAUCUCCAAAGAAUUAGAAGAACCUAACGUCAUUGAGUUAGAUGUCAAGAAAGGUCCGUUUAGACCAUAUCUCUCGAAGACUGACGCAAUUGAUAAGGUAUGUUUAUCUACCUCGAAUACAGAAAAAUUAGCAAUUGGCGCAUUGGCUGCAGUUGCUUCUGUUGUUAGAAUAUACAAGCUCAAUUGGCCAAAAAGUGUCGUCGCCGAUGAAGGCUACCUCGGUUCGAUUAUUUCGAGAUAUGUCAGCCAUCAAUUCUUUAUAGAUUCCUCACCCCCAUUAGUCAGUUUAAUAUUUUCUACUGUAGCAAAACUGUUUGGUUUCAAUGGAGAUUUUGACUUUGAGUAUAUUGGCACUGACUACUCUGCCGAUGUCCCAUAUGAACAAAUUAGAUAUGUCCCAGCAUUCUUAGGUGUUCUAACAAUUCUACUUAUGUUUCAAACUUUAAGAGUCUCGGGUGUUAGAAUGUGGAUCGCUUUUGCUACUUCAUUGGCUUUCACUUUCGAAAAUUCUUUCGCUACUGUCUCACGCUAUAUGUUACCGGAAUCACCUUUUGUAUUCUUUAUUGCUUUGGCAGCAUAUUUAUACAAGAAAUCUGAACUUUAUGCAAUUGACUCAUGUUCUUCCUACAAGUUUGUAAUUGGUUCUGCUAUUGCUUUAGGCUGUUCCAUUUCUACCAAAUGGGCUGGUGCUUUUGCUAUCGUUUGGGUUGGGGUAAUGAUCGUCCUAAGAAUGAUUUUCUUAGUUGGUGAUUUAUCUAAACCAGUUAAGCCAACUCUUUCUCAUUCUAUCAUGAAGGGACUCAUUGUCGUAAUUGUUCCAUGCUUAUUUUAUCUUUUUACAUUCUGGUAUAGCUUCAGUCUUCAAACAAUUGAUGGUUUUGGUUCUCAAUUGUUAUCCCCUGAAUAUAAGAGUACUUUGGAAGGUAAUACUGUUCCAAGCAACCUAGUGGCAGAUAUUGGAGUUGGUUCUAGGAUCACUUUACGUCAUACUGGUACUACUGGGGGUUAUCUACACUCUCAUAAACAUAUGUACCCAGCUGGCUCAGAACAACAACAAGUUUCUCUAUAUCCAUAUGCAGACAUGAAUAAUGAAUGGACUAUUGAGCUUUACGAUAAACCAGAUGAAAUCAUUACAAGUUUUGAAGGUUUGAAUGAUACUACAAAGAUUAGAUUAAAACAUUCAACUCACUGUAGAUUACAUUCACAUGACCACAAGGCUCCAGCUUCUGAAAAUACUGACUGGCAAAAAGAAGUGACGUGUUAUGGUUACCAAGGAUUCUCAGGUGAUGCUAAUGACGAUUGGAUAAUUGAAAUUGAUAAAAAAGCAUCAAAGCCAGGUGAAGCUCAAGAGUGUGUUAAAGCUAUCGAUAGCAAAUUCAGAUUAAAACAUGCUCUAUCCGGAUGUUACCUAUUUUCUCAUCCAAGAAAGUUACCAAGCUGGGGUUUUGAACAACAGGAAGUAACUUGUGCUCAUAACGGUAGGGGAUUUUUGACUUUAUGGUCCGUCGAAAAAAAUGAACAUCCAUACUUAUCUGAAGAUGCUGAACGUGUAUCGUACCAAAAAUCUAGCUUCUUUGAAAAAUUUAAGGAAAUUCAUUCCAAGAUGUUGAAGGUAGACGAUAUGUUGACCAGCUCAAUAGUUGCAGAUUCUAACCCAUUAACUUGGCCAUUUUCCUUAAACGGUGUCGAAUUCUGGAAAUUACACAACAGAACCGUUUAUUUCCUAGGUAAUGCUGUUAUGUGGUGGUCUGUCUCUGCUUUUAUUGGUAUUUUUGGCGUACUUGUCGCUUAUGAAUUAUUUGCCUGGCAAUUAGGAAAAUCCAUUCUAGAAAGCAAGUACAGUAUAAAAUUCCACAUUGAAAUUUGCCAAUACUUAAUCGGAUACGUCAUUAACUUUAUUCCAUUCCUCUUUGUUACUGGUCACAUUUCAAUUACAAGUUAUUUACCAUCAUACUAUUUCGGUAUUCUUGCAUUAGGAUUAGGUCUUGACUCUGUGGUUAGUUGGAUCUUUAGGACCAGAAAACAUAUUGGCUACGUAGCUGUUGCUGCCUUCGUUACUUUGAAUAUUUACUUCUUUAGGGACCGCAGUGCUUUAGUGUAUGGUAGUGAAUGGACUCGUGAUUUAUGUGUUCAAUCCAAAUGGCUGGAAAGUUGGGAUUACAAUUGUGAUGCUUUCUUAUACAAUUAUGAUUCUUACAGAGGUGCCGAAUUACCAACUAAAACGACAGUCUUUAUCAAUACCAAAUCUUUGAAGAUUGAAAUGCCAAACGAAACAUCCGAUGCCGAUGUAGAUUCUGAGUUUGACAAGAUAAUGAGAGAACCAGGUGAACAUGUAUUUGUUGACCAAAACGGUAAUCCCUUGACCCCAGAACAAGCCAAAGCAGCAUACGAAAAAAAUGCACGAAAUGAAGAGGCAGAGGAGCAAAAUGUCAAGAAUGAUGACGACGUAAAUCUACACAAAGAGGAAAAUCAAGAAGCACACAAGCAAGAACAAGAACAAGCUCCAAAGGAAGACAGAAAAGUUGAAGAACAGGUUCCAAAGGAAGAAGUAAAAGUUGAACAACAAGUUCCAAGUGAAGAAAUGCAAGUUGAAGAACAAGUCAAAGAACAACUUAUUGAUCAGCAAGCAGAAAACAGGUCGCAACAGGAAGAAGUUCAAAACGAUGAACAAGCUGUUGUAGGCGAAGGUGAGGAUAAAGAUAAAGAUUAA